AUGGCCCAAGAACCCACAGCCGAUGAUAUUGAUGCAUGGAACAUACCGUCUCAACCAGAUGAUUCAUCUACCACCGCCACGGUGACUUUCACGGGAGGCGACUUGUUGGAUCUCCUGACGACCGCCGACGAUACCAAAGAAACCCUUGCAACAACUAUGAAGUCACCUGUCAGCGAGGAGAAUUUUCCUGCAUGGGAACUGCAUCAAGAUGCAGUUGCCUUUUCUCCCCAGGAUGCACCGACAACGACAAACGCGCUCCGCGACAACGUGCCGACCUCUUUGGACGCUGCCAUACAUGAUUCACAGAAGCCGGAAACCACGACAAGACCAGCUUCAGUGGAAAUGCCUUUAUACGUUGAAAAGCCGGAGACUCCAGAUGGGGAGCUGAUCAAUGGUACCGAGUCAGCACAUACGCAACCAGCUCAGCCUCUCGCAAGACCCGUGGAAGCAUCCGUGACAUACACCGAGACCGCUCAUGAGCCUUCUGGCCCAGCUAUAUCAGCAGAGGUUUCACCCCAACCUCAGAUCCACAAGCAGCAGGAGAAUGCUCCCCUGCGAGGCGAGGAACCGGACGAUUCUAAGGAGUUGAUCGCACAGCAAUUUGUUCUACCUGAGGUAGAGGCGCCUCCAGUAGCGGAAAAUAUCCCAGCCCCUCCCAUGCCUGCUGAGGACACUUCAUCUUCCAAGCCACAGAACUUGCCGAUCGAGUCCGAACUCAACCUUGUAAAAUCGGACAUUGAAGAAACGGCGCAGUCUGAAACCCACGAGCAGUUAGGCAUCGAAUCUGCUCCUGCGCAUAAGGAGCAAGCGUCAGAGGUGGAGUCAGAGUCUUUGCCCAUUGACCCUGAGCAAAAGGAGAAUUUCGAAGGAUCUGCUAUCGACGAUGCUGUUCAGCCGAUUGUGACAAAUGGCCCUUUGGAGUCAGAGACAACCUCAAAACAGCUUGAAGUCAGAGUGGAACCAACCGUUGCAUUCGAGUCCGCUGGCCAGAAUAUUACCACAGAAAAUGCAAUCGGAGAGCAUCUGCAGCCAACGGCCGCGCAAGAUCCUUGGGCCAUCGAUUCAACCCCGACACAUUCCGAAGUAACCGAGCUCAAGGCCCCUUCCGUGGAUAUGACGCUUCAGAAUGAUCUAAACGACCCUGUCAUUGAGGAAGCUGAACAGGAAGCGGCAGGUCACGAUCCCCGGGCCGUCGAGCCCACCCCGCCACAGCCCGACACUGCUGAGAAGCAGAACCCUCAACGUGAAUCCGCGGACCUCGUAAAUCUUCAGGAAAGCGUCUUUCAAGAACCGGCGGGCAUCGAGGCUCGCGAACAAUCGAUUCCCUUGGAGCCUUUUGUUGAACCCACGCAGGCCGCUCCUGAAGAGCAUGUAGCACAUAUUCCACCACAGGAGACCCGCUUGGGGACUCCUGUGUUCCAGAUUUUGCCCGAUAAGGUCGGCCCGCUCAAAGCCGCGCGGGCAGAUUUGAGCGUUAGGGUUGAUGACCAGGAGUCUCGAGUUAAACAUGUCGUUCAAAAAGAUUUCACAGAGCAAACCGAGUUCAAUACUCCGCCCGUGGAGGGCAAGACUGACGGAAACGAUCUGUGGGACAAUGAGCCAGCCGCCGAUGUGGAUUCGGAUGGAGAUGAAUUCUUUAACCAACUCAAAACUCAAACCAAGCCUAUCUUCGCAUCACCAGAGUCAGAGUCGCGAUUUGAGGAAGGCGUUCCGUUGUUGGAUGAUACAUACCCAACUUCUCCCCCUCUGGCUAUACCUCAGAGGAAGACUGUCGAGAAUCCCUUCGGCGAUGGAGAUGAUGGAGCCGAUUUCUUCACUUCCAUUCAAAACUCCCAUGCAAGCAAGGAACUCCCAAUUCGUCACAUUACUCGCAAGAGUACCUCCCAAGUCGUGGAAUCGAUGGGCUUCGAUGUUGACUCCCCGUCAAGCGAUAUCUCUGCAGCUGCUCAGCUUGAGGAAGUUUUGAAGUCCGCGGCUUCUAGCUCAAAGACCCCACAAGCAAUUGAGGAGCCACAAGCUUCUCAGUCCUUCCAAGCUCAACAAGAAGCUCCAGAACCUACAGAAGAGGAACUGGCCGCUCGAUGGGAGGCAGAACUUAGUGACGUCGGGGAGGAGGAUCUCGCGGCACAAUGGGAGGCUGCGCUUGAUGAUGAUGAUAUACUGCUUGGAGAUGAAUCUACUCCAGCGCAGCCUAUUGUCCAGAACCCCAUGCAAUCCGCGCCUAAUGCUCCUUUGGGUGGCUUGAACAGCCCAUUUGAGACCCCACAGAGCUAUGGUCCGGCUAGGGCAGCGCCUAGCGUAUACACACCACAUCAACCAUCUACCGCGGAUUUGAUGGCUGGGGUCUACAUGCCAGGAGUUGCUCAAUCGGCCAAUCCAGCCAUUCCGCCUUAUUUCUCUCAGCAGCCGCAAAAUCCUGUGGCUAGCAGGGGGGAGAGCUUUGCUGAGGCCUCAAAGCAGGGGUAUAAAUCUCCUUAUGAUCUGCCAGAUGAUCUAUCCCGACCUCGGCGACCUCUAGCAACCUCGAAGCCGGCUCCCCAACCGGUAGCUCUGAUGCCACCGCCCGCUUCAUCAACUGUGGCUCCUCCGGCAAAUACUGUUCAAGCCGCCGCCGCGACUGCACCAGCUGCGCAGUCCGCCCCGAAGAACUUUUACGAGGAACUCCCUUUACCAGCGCCCAAGUCUCGACCCGCUGGCUCCGGACGAUACACUCCUAAUCCAAGUGCGGCAGGGCCCACCUCUUCCCAUAUGCCUCCGCCCCAAAAUCCAUACGCGGCUGUUUCUGGUCCUGCUCCCGCUCCAGGGCCUGGGUUGGCUUCUGUGGCAGCUCCGCCUUUACCAAGCAAUGGAAUUCCGGUACAGUCUCCCCUACAGCCGCCUGAGCGGCUGGAACCAUACGGAUCUAUGUUGGCGACGAGUGUACCCGCUGGGCCUCCCGCUGCAUCUAGGUAUUCUCCGCAGCCGCCGGAUGCGCAAGCUCCCGCAAAGCCCUCUCAGUCACCGCGAUACUCGCCUGCGCCACCCCCGGCAGGCCUCUCUCCCCGUAAUCGCUAUGCCUCGCAGCCUUUGUCCGUCCCUGGCCAAAACUUGCCAUUCCAGCCUCGGACAUCGAGCCCUCUUGCAUACCACGAAAAGGUCUCUUAUCAACCUGAAGAUUCUCGGCAACAUCAACUACCCUCGUUGCAACCAUCUGUCGAUCUUUCUCCACCUCGAUUUCAACGAGCGAGCAUCGACCAGGGAUCUUCUUUUGCCCCUCAAGAUGCAACUGGCCCACACGAUGCUAUGGGGCAACCAGUCGGCCCACCUGCUGCUCAGCGACAGACUCCUCCACCUGCCGGGAAUCGUUAUGCCCCUCAGGAUUAUAUCAAUGAGUUCGCGAAGCGUGUAACACCGAGUAUGGCUUAUGCUCCACCAGCCCCGCAAAUGCCUGCUCCAGGACCUCCCCAAGCUGCCGAUCCGCAGAUGCCUCCCCUUCGAUCCCAGACCCAGUCUCCAGGCCAGCACAUGAUAAGCCCCCGGGCGUCUGUCCCUCCGAUUUCCACCAUUCCGCGUCCGGCUUCAGUCCAUGGUUCGAGCUCACCCACCAAAACCCCGAACCCAUAUGCGCCGUCCCAACCUUCCGUGCAAAGUCGUGCUCGGGCACUUUCUCAGCGUGGUCUCGGCUUCGUCACCCCUACUGAUGGCCAAGAACAUGAUGUCCUUGAGCGGUGGAAAGGUGCUCCCAUCUUCAAGUUUGGCUUUGGGGGAGCUGUGCUGUCAUGCUUCCCCAAGCAUAUUCCUCGUUAUUCUGCCGGUCAGACAGCUCCUAUGCUGAUGCCAAGUCCGGGCGAAAUCAAGACCGCCCCACUCAACCAAUGGCUACCUGCAGCGGAAACCAUCGUUCAGCACCCUGGGCCUCUCAGGGCUAAGUCUAAAAAGAAGGAUCUUGUGUCCUGGCUGUCAGGCAAGAUCGUCGCAUUGGAGAAUGAACCUACUCCCGACUUUGAUCUCUCUCACCCGGAAUCACAAAGGCGCCACGAAGAAAGGAUACUACUUUGGAAGGUCAUGAAGAUUCUGGUUGAGAACGAUGGCACAUUGGAAGGUUCACCUGCGAUUGAAAACUCUCUCCGCCAGGCUAUUUUCCCGCAUCUUUCGGAAGCUACAAGUGAUGGUUUUCAUGCGAGUGGCUUUCCUACAUCUGGCGUUCCCUUCAAUGUCCCUCUCGUCCUGAUGCCGUUGACUCUGAAUCGAGAAGAGGCAGUUUGGGCAGCAGUCGACCGUCGUCUUUGGGGACAUGCGAUGAUUGUUGCAUCCACAAUGGAUAAGUCUAUCUGGAAGCAGGUCGUCCAAGAGUUUGUCAGACGUGAGGUUAGGUCCUCGGGGGGCAACACCGAGUCACUGGCAGCACUUUACGAGAUUUUCGCCGGCAAUAUCGAGGAGAGCAUUGACGAACUCGUUCCUCCGUCUGCGAGGGCCGGUCAUCGGUUGAUUAGCAAGGCCGAUGGUCAGGGAACGACGAAAAAUGCACUUGACGGGUUGAACUGUUGGAAAGAUACACUUGGCUUGGUGUUGAGCAACCGUUCCUCUGAGGAUCAGCACGCAUUGCUGGCUCUUGGUCGCCUUUUGGCAUCAUAUGGGCGCACCGAGGCUGCACAUAUCUGCUUUAUCUUCUCCCGGGCUGCUGUCUUCGGUGGUGCUGAUGAUCCCCAGGCCAACAUCGUCCUCCUUGGCGUUGACCACCAACAGUUCCACUCCGGUCUGCUCAGCGAAGACGCUUUCCUCCUGACUGAGGUUUAUGAAUAUGCCACUUCUAUCUUGGGCAACUCCCCCGUGGCGAAUCUGCCUUACUUGUUGGCCUUCAAGCUCCUGCACGCCCGUCAGCUGGCCGAUCGGGGCCGCAUAUCUGAGGCGCAGAACUACUGCGAUGCCGUGGGGGCAUCUCUAAAAGCAACCACUCGCCCUUCCCCCUACCACCACCAGCUUCUAUUCACUGAAGCCGAUGAACUUUCUGCGCGUCUUCGUCAAACAACCACUGAUGGCGGUUCUUCGUGGAUCUCCAAGCCGAGCAUGGAGAAGGUGUCUGGAUCUAUGUGGGCUCGAUUCAACAGCUUUGUCGCCGGCGACGACGCUGACCCUGCAUCCGCCGGUGCACCAAAGUCGGGGGAAACUGCAGAAUUCGGCCCCUUCGCCAACGUGGCAGGAACACCGACUGUUAGCCGCUCUCCUUCCGUGUCUGAACUGUACGGCUCUUAUCCCGGACAUGGGGCGCAGUCGGUUCCUCCCGGUGGUGCUUCGCGUUACUUGCCUUCAACCCAAUAUGCUCCCAACGCGUCGCCAGAACAAUUCCGUGGCCGAUCAUCACUCGAUUCCCAGAGAUCUGCUUCGUAUGGCGGGAUGCCGGUCGGACUGCGUCGAAGCUCGACAGAUUACCCAUCCCCCCCAGUUGACUUCCAAUCGUUCCAGGGCGGCCCCAUCUAUGGCUCGCCUGGUAGUACUGGGUACCAACCCACUCCGCCUCAGGCGUCUUAUAUCCCUCUUGCACCGGUUGAAGAGGAUGCGUCUCUCCACGGUCAGUCGCCGGCUGACGCACUCACGUCGAUGCAGCCUCCAGUGAACGGCCUCUUCUACCAGCCCUCCGGACAGGAUGUGUCGCAGACAGACCAGUCGCCCUAUUACCAGGGGCCGCCCGAUAUGCCGCAAUCGGACAGCCCUGCUAAGGCGCAGUUUGAGAGUUCCUACACGCCUCCGGCUACGACUGGCAAUGCUUAUGACCCACCAUCGUAUACCCCGGAUUUCCCACCCACGGAAGAGCCAGAGCAAUACACGAAAGAGGAAGCGCCGCCCAAGAAGAAAUCAUUCAUGGACGAUGACGAUGACGAUUUGGCUGCACGAUCCGCUGCCCUUAAGAAGGCAGAGAACGACCGCAAGGCUGAUGAGGCGUUCCGAAAGGCCGCUGAGGAAGAUGCCAAGAAAGACGCCCAGCAGCAGAAGAAGGGAUGGUUCGGUGGUUGGUUCGGAGGUGCCAAGAAGGAAGCAGAGCACACUGGCGGUGGCCCUAUCAGGGCCAAGCUUGGCGAGGAGAAUUCAUUCUAUUACGAUAAGGAAUUGAAGAAAUGGGUCAACAAAAAGGACCCUGGCAGUGCCAAAGCUGUUCGUGCGACGCCUCCUCCCCCUCGUGGCUCAGCUCCUCCCAGUCGCACCAGCUCUGGUAGCAUGCCUCCUCCUCCUCCUCCUGGACCCCCGAUGUCCGCUUCGGGCAGCCGUCCUCAAUCCUCCUCCAGUGACAUGCCACCGUCUUUAUCAUCAAGCCCCGCGUUUUCCAAUCUUGGUGUCCCGCCGCCAAUUCUGGGCAAUUUGCCCCGAUCUGUCUCCACUGGCGCGACGGUUCCCGUGCCGCCUGGUGCGUCGUCCGCCCCUGGUCCGCCCCGGCCUACAUCUUCAUUGAGCCACGCACAGUCUAUUGACGACCUUCUCGGCGCCCCCAUGGCACGGAAGGGUAACAAUGUCCGCGGCAAGAAGAAGGGCCGUUACAUUGAUGUUAUGGCAAAAUAA